UGUGAAAAAAAUCUUCGCCGUGUAAUGAUGAUAAAAUAUGAUGAAUUAUUUGUGUGCAACUUCUUUUUUUUUAAUUUAUAAAGAGCAAACUUCUUAUUUUGGUCCCAGGGAUCGUUUUUUGUUAAUUACAUUGUAGCACUUUGCUAAAAUAAUGAUUUAAGUAGACAGGUUUGCAGAUUUUAUGCAUAUACACAAAGUGGAGUUUAUACGUGUAGAACAAAAUGGAUUCUACAUCAGUUCGUAAAGUUUUGACAAUUAUUUUACUAGUUGCUCUGCUGUUCGUUUUAAUAGUGUUCUGUGUUGUUUAUAUUUGGAGCAUUAAGUCCCCAGACUCUCGGGAGACAGUACCUAACGAAAAGUAUAAAGAUACAACUAACACGGAUAUUACCACGGAGCAUAUCCAUUUGCAUCAUGAUCCUACAAAAGCUCCAGUAACACAAUCUACGACAGAACAGUUGACGACAACUACUGAAUCAGGUCCUGGAUAUAAAAUAAAGUUAAGCGGCAAUCGACAAGCGUCCAGUGGCAAGGUUUUGAUCGAACAUGAAGGUGAGACGGGUUUCGUUUGCAGUGAUGAUUUUGAUAAUGCGGAUGCCAAAGUUGUCUGCCGAGAGCUCGGAUACAAGAAAGGCCUUUCUUAUAAUCUCAUGGAAUCUUUCCCGUAUAGUCGUUAUACAGAAAACGAGCCGAUGCUUUCACAUCUCAACUGCAUUGGCAACGAGGCUAAGAUCAAGGACUGUGAUGGAUUCCGGAUAGGUAACGUCACUUCCUGCUCAUGGUUUGCUGCGGUCCUGUGUUAUAAUGACAAGCCUUAUGAGCUUCGCCUGGUGAACGGCAUAAUGCCUGAUUCUGGUAUGGUUGAGAUGAAAGUGGGUGGAGAAUGGGGAACAUUAUGUGCAAUAAGAAAUUUCGACGAUGACGUUGCAGAUAUUUUGUGUCGAAGUAUGAACUUUACGGGUGGAUUGGCGUUAGAUCGGGGAAUGCUUGGAGAAGUCAGGACAUCUAAAGUCUGGUUACCGUAUAUCUCGUGCAGUGAAGGAGCAGAGAUCAAACAGUCAAUAUUUGAGUGUAGUCUUAUUCUAAAUACUGAAAACAUUUUAGUUGAUCGUAUUGACCAUAGAAACAAUAGGUACAAUAAUGAGUAUAGGGCGUGUUUGAGUAAACCGAACUCCUAUGCAUCCACCGUCCACUGUCUCAUAUAACUGGCUUUACGGAGACUUUAUUUACAGUAGCUCGCGUACAUAUGCAAUAAUCCUGAAGAAUGGCGCAUGUUCAGCAUACCUGCCGUUUAGUCCGUGUGGAUUGCAGUUCCGUUUCUCUCUUUCUACUAUUGACUUUUCUUUAAGGUUGUAUUACAUGUAUUGUACUUAUAUACAAUUAUGAUGCUUCUUCUGUAGCAUAUUUUUUCAGAACUUUGAUUAUUGUUUCGGACCUGUUUACCGACCGAAUGUCUACAUUAAUUUAUUCUAAGAUGAAAUGAAGCAGCUUGCGAAACUUAAUUAAAGAAUAUUAAAUAAUCUUAAAUACAAGUUGAUAUAUUAAAAUCAGUAUGUAAUUAAUUCAACAAAUUUGACAAGGUUUACAAAUGAAGGUGUUUGUACAGCGAUAAAUGCGGUGAAAUUUCACACCACAUAAUUAACAUCAAAAGACAAAUGAAAUUAAAUAUCUUUAUUGUAAUCUUUUUACCAUAUUUAUUAAAAUAAACUAUGUCAUUAAACUGUUUCUUAAAUUGAUAAUUUCUGCACCGAUGACACAAACGGUUUUUAGUUCAACACUGACAUUAAGGCCCUGUACUUUUUGCACCAUACUGACCCGAACAUACAGUUCAUUGAGUGUAAACGUUUAUCGUGUUAAUUCACUUGGCUUUUAAAGUUACUCUGAAAAAUUUUAAAAUUUUCAUUUCAAACAAAAUUGGCAUCAAAUGAAUAUAUGACACUAAAAUGAUACAGGAAGUAAAUUCAUUGUUAGAUAUUGGUAAAAAGCCAGAUAAUUGCUGAUUUCCUUUAUUAUUUCAAAAGCGUUACAACGGUUAACUCCCUUCUGCACGUCUAUCAAGAUAUCUUGCAAAUGUCACUACGUUUGUACCAAUGGUCACUUUCACGUCACCCACGUUUUGCCGACUUUGAGAAAAAUUAUUUGCCUUAGAAGUUUGGAUGAGCCGCUUUAGUAAUAUUUUAUAAUAUUGAAGUCUACAUUGUUUUUAAUUUUCAUUAUAGCCUAAUAUACUACAUAUUAAUAACUUCUGUUUAAGAGCGUUGUAUUUUAUAUAAGUAUAGUACAUGUACUUUCUAGCAAUACUCUGACAGUGUAUUGGUCAGUUUUACAAUUUACUCAAAAUGGCAGCUUAUCUAAACACCUUUCUUCAUUCGAUGUGACGAUUUACCUUUGAAACACGGGGCACAUGACGGGGCCAGAUUUUGGGUAGUCUAGUUUAAAGACUACCCUCUCAGAUAUCACCUUUUAUUAAUAUGCAAUUCCUGCCAUUUGCAUGCUUGUGUAAUAUUGUAAUCUGUAUGUAUUAUUGAUGAUAAGCUGUACAUGCUUAAGUCAAAAUAAACCUAUGUUCUGUUCUGUU